AUGUCCGACUCGCCAGUAAAGAUGGAUGAAUCACACGGUUACAAGGAACCCUCAGCCCAAACGGUUGCAAGAGAUGGAGAAGUGCCGGUGAGCGUUUUGGAAGAUGGGUCGUUGGACCCCGUUUACGAAGCCAAAGCGAAGAUGCUGAACAAGGCCAUGCAAGACAUAGGUAUGGGCAGGUAUCAAUGGCAGCUCUUCAUCGUAAUCGGCUUCGGCUGGGCAAUGGACAAUCUUUGGCCGAUAGUAACAUCCCUAAUCUUUACGCCCAUCACCAACGAAUUCACCCCCACACGCCCACCACUACUGUCACUCUCGCAAAACAUUGGGCUUCUCUUCGGCGCCGUCUUCUGGGGUUUCGGCUGCGAUAUCUUCGGAAGACGAUGGGCUUUCAACCUCACAAUCGGUAUUACUGCCGUGUUUGGUAUGAUUGCAGCGAGUAGUCCCAACUUCGCUGCCAUUGGCACGUUUGCUGCGUUGUGGUCUGUGGGUGUAGGUGGAAAUUUGCCUGUAGAUUCCGCGAUCUUCCUGGAGUUCUUGCCUGGGAGUCAUCAGUAUCUGUUGACGAUUCUGUCGAUCUACUGGGCGCUCGCACAGGUCUUUGCUACACUUGUGGCAUGGCCGCUGCUUGGAAACCUUACAUGUCAGCAGACGGAUACCACCUGCACAAGAGGAGAGAAUAUGGGAUGGCGGUACUUCAUGAUUGUCAUGGGCGGUGUAGCACUACUAAUGUUCAUCGGCCGCUUCGUCUUCUUCACGAUCUUCGAGUCCCCCAAAUUCCUCAUGGGCAAAGGCCGAGACACAGACGCUGUUCGCAUCGUCCACGAAGUUGCUCGCCGCAACGGAAAAGAAUGCAGCCUCACAAUCGAAGAACUGGAAUCGUGUAACAACUUCGCCCUCCCUGGUACCGUCCAACAAACCAGCACUGCCUCCGCAGCUGUCAAACGCAAGCUCCAGAAGCUAGAUAGUUCGCACGUCAAAGCUCUUUUCGCGACCAAGAAGCUAGCCUUCUCAACUAGCACCAUCACACUCGUCUGGGCAUUCAUCGGCCUCGGCUACCCCCUCUACAACGCCUUCCUACCUUAUAUCCAAGCCACCCGCGGUGCCGACUUCGGUGACGGCUCGACCUACAUCACCUACCGCAACAGUCUCAUCAUCGCCGUGCUUGGCGUACCAGGAUGCAUCCUCGGCGCAGUACUCGUCGAAACACCGCAUAUCGGUCGCAAAGGCACACUAGCCCUCUCUACAGUCCUCACUGGCGUCUUUCUCCUGUGUUCCACGACGGCGCUCACUUCCAACGCCCUCCUAGGGUGGAACUGCGCCUACAACUUCAUGAGCAACAUCAUGUAUGCGGUGUUGUAUGCAUAUACGCCUGAGAUCUUUCCGACCAAAGAUCGCGGUACGGGAAAUGCUAUUACGGCGAGUGCGAAUAGGGUGUUUGGUAUUAUGGCGCCUAUUGUGGCGAUGUUUGCGGAUUUGGAGACGAGUGCGCCGGUUUAUGUUAGUGGAGCGUUGUUCAUUGCUGCGGGUCUUUUGGUGCUUAUUUUGCCUUUUGAAAGCAGGGGGAAAGCAAGUAUGUAA